UGAUACUACUGGCUAGCAAGCCUCUUCCAUCUCGUCCACUCUCGCAUCUCACAAUUCUACAACUCCAAAACGCAUUCAACUUCUGUAAAACCCCACAAAAAGAACAACCAGAAAAACCCCAUCACCUACAACCUCCAAACGUUUCUGUCAUCCAUAGUAAACACGCCAACUUGGAUCAAACUAAACAAAUCCACGCCUCCUUAAUCAAAUCCCAUUUCGAUCACACCAUCCCCAUUCUUCAGGAUUUUUUCGGCUGCCGUUCGAGCACUUCAGCCCAUUACAAUUUCAUAAUAAGCUCUUACAUCAAGAACAACCAGCCAAACGAUGCGCUUGACAUCUAUAUUCAAAUGCGCAAAUUGGGCCCCAAAGUUGACAGUUUUACGAUCCCAUCAAUCCUAAAAGCAUGUGCCCAAAUCUUCUGGGCCAAAUUAGGAAAAGAGAUGCACGGUUUCAUCGCCAAGAAUGGGUUGGAUUGUGAUGUUUUUGUGUGUAAUGCGUUGAUCCAAAUGUAUGGUGAAUGCGGGAAUAUGGAGUCAGCGCGCUUCGUGUUUGAUGAAAUGGCUGACAGAGAUGCCGUUUCUUGGAGCACAAUGAUUUGGGUUUAUAGCCGGAAUGGACUAUUCCGAGAAGCCUUGUAUAUCAUCAAAGAAAUGGUUUUCCUGCAAGUAAAGCCCAAUGAAGCUGCAAUGAUUGGCAUGGUCAAUCUUUUUGCAGGCCUUGCAAAUGCGCAAACGGGAAAAUCACUGCAUGCCUAUGUCAUAAGGAAUACCAAGACUGAAAAAAUGGGAGUUCUGAUUACUACUGCUCUGAUAGACAUGUAUGCCAAGUGCGGAAAUUCAGCUUCUGCCCGAAGCCUCUUUGAUGGGUUGCCAGAGAAAAGCAUUGUUUCAUGGACUGCCAUGAUUGCAGGCUACAUAAGAUGUAGUGAAAUAGGAGAGGGAGCCAAACUCUUUGGACAAAUGUUGGAAGUGAACACGCGCCCAAAUGAGAUUAUGAUGCUGAGUCUGAUUAUCGAGUGUGGAUUUGCUGGGGCUUUGGAACUGGGAAAGCAGCUACAUGCCUGCAUUAUGAGAAAUGGGUUUCAGAUGUCUUUGGAUUUGGGCACAGCUCUUGUUGAUAUGUAUGGAAAAUGCAGUGAGAUAAGAUCUGCAAGAGCUCUCUUCUAUGGCAUGAAGAAUGGAGAUGUUAUGAUUUGGUCGGCUAUGAUUUCAGCUUGUGCAAAAGCCAACUGCAUUGAUGAGGCUGUCAAUCUCUUUGUUUGUAUGAGGAGUGCUGGAUUGAAGUUGAAUGAAGUGACAAUGAUCAGUCUCCUUUCCCUUUGCAGAGAAGCAGGGGCCCUGGAUUUCGGAAGGUGGAUGCAUGGUUAUGUGGAAAAGCAAGCAGUUGAAUCCGAUGUGAUCCUGGAGACUGCACUGGUCGACAUGUAUGCGAAGUGUGGGGAAAUAAAUGGGGCCUGGAAGGUGUUCAAUGAAGCCAAGCAACGUGAUAUCUGCAUGUGGAAUGCCAUGAUGUCUGGAUUUGCAAUGCAUGGAUGUGGUGAGGAAGCUCUGGAACUCUUCUCAGAAAUGGAACAGCAAGCUGUUGAACCAAAUGACAUCACAUUUAUCGGAGUUAUUCAUGCUUGUAGUCAUGCUGGAAUGGUUGCUGAAGGAAAAAGGCAUUUUGAGAAAAUGGUUCAUGACUUCGGUUUGGCUCCAAAGAUGGAGCACUAUGGGUGCAUGGUGGAUCUUCUUGGACGAGCUGGACUGCUUGAUGAGGCUCAUGAGAUGGUUCGUAGUAUGCCCAUGCGACCGAACCACAUAGUAUUGGGAGCCUUCCUUGCAUCCUGUGAGCUUUAUAAGAAUUCUAGACUAGGGGAAAUGGCAGCAAGACAGCUUCUUGAAAUGGAAUCUCCAAAAUGUGGAUAUAAUGUGCAAAUGUCAAACUUCUAUGCAGCAACAAACAGAUGGAAUGAGGUUGCAAGGGUGAGAAAAGCGAUGAAGGAUUCAGGGUUCUUAAAAGAACCAGGUCUUAGCUUGAUAGCAAACCAUUCAGAUCACGAGUUCAUGCAGCGUGCAUUUGGUUCAAUGGCUUUGCUAGGCUAGACUAAGGGACCUUAGCUCAUGUUUGGUGCAAUACAUUAGAAUGGGACUGGCUAAAGAGGGGCUAAGCCCAUAUACCGAUAUACGUGAGACAGGGCUCGCCCCCCACAUAAAAAUGAAAAAUAAAAAAUAAAAAACUUUAGCC